ACUUCAUGGGCUAAUAAUAACAGAGAAGUUUAACUAUAAAUGUUUGUGCAGCAACAGCAGGACAUCACAUCCACUUCAAUAUUCCAAUCCUGAGAACAGCUGCAGACUGAGCAGAAAGUCAUCACUGCCAUUGAAGAGAUGAAAAGGAGCGAGGAAACAAGUAUACCUGUAAAGGCAUCCAUUGAGACGAUGUAUGACCACGAGGUAGACAGGGAAGGAGAGUGGCACGGGGAGGCAGGAGUGUAUAAGGGAGAAUUAGACAUCGGUGGCGUGAGGUCGGUGACCAAGUUGGCCAACAUGGGUGUUGGUGGUAUGGCAUCAAGGGAAAAAGGACUUAGUGGGCACCUUGACUACGAAUUGGGAAAGACUCAUUUAGACCUCGGUGGCGAGUUGAAGGUGGAGGGCAGGUUGCCCAGCGCCGGUCUUGCUGCUGGGAUAACUAAUGAAGGAGUUAAAGCCAUGGCCACAGCUGAGCUCCUAGGUGCCUCUGUGUCCCACGGGAAGGCGACAGCCACAAUGCGUCUGGCAGCUGAUACAGGCUUUGGAGUAGGCAAGGAUGGGAUCGAGGCACAAUUUCUGGGUACAGGAUUCUCUAUUGGGAAGAAAACAUCCAUUUCUCUGUUUGGUUCCAAGUUUGAAUGGGACUUCAGCAAGUGACACACCCCCACUCAGAGCCCAGAGGUCCACUUCUGUGGAGAUGUAUUCAUUCCACCUGUUUAGUUCUCUUAUAGCCUACAG